CAUGGGGUGGAAGGGGAUCGGCAUGCCCCCGGCCUGCGCGGGGCGAAUGUGGCCAAUGUUUUUCUUCCCACCAGCAAAGUGCCUCCUGAUCCACGUCCGCCAACGCCGCUGUUGCUUUGCGCUCAUUUAAUCUCUCGGGGGCUCCUUUUCUAGCGUUCCCGUCAUGGCGUCCACAGUCAUUCCCUGGUACAAGCGCAAGCGCCACAGCCAAGUGAAAAGCGAUCUGGCUUAUCAGUACAGCACCAAGCGCGUCGUGGUCUCUCAGCAAAGCAAGAAGUCAAGUUCCAAGUCGGCGAGGCAGGUGCAGGCCGCGGCCACGGAGGCGAUGGCGGAAGAAGCGUACACCAUCCCGGUGUUCCGGCAGAGGACCAGCGAGGAGACAGGAGAGACGGAGGAGUACCUGCGAGUCAGCAAAAAAGUGGAAAAGGGCUUGGCUGCCAUCCAGGAGGAACUCCACAGAAUGAGGACCUCCACCAAGGCUCAAGUGGAUAGUCUGGCCAUCGAGAAAGAGGUGAAAGAGAAGAUGUACAGGAGAGUGGAUUUGCUGGAGGAGAUCCCCCGCAUGCCCGAUUUCAUCGUGGCCCUGCGGCCUCACACCGUGUGGGAGAAGAUGUCCGUCAAACUCUUCUGCACCGUGCUGGGAACCCCCAUGCCCGUCGUGAAAUGGUACAAAGGAGGCGUCCCGGUGGACCCUCUGAGUACUCCUGGAAAGUACAAGAUUGAGAGCAAGUAUGGAGUCCACAGUUUGAUCAUUAGCAGGUGUGCAGUGAGCGACAGCGCGGAUUACAGCGCCGUGGCCACCAACCCCCACGGCACCGCCACCAGCGCGGCCGCCGUCGCCGUCAGGAGCGCUAGUGGAGGCGGAUGGGCCAGCCAGAUCGGUCUAAUCCCCCGUCUGAGCGGAAGCCACUUCAGCAAGCUGGAGGUGAGCCUGGUCCAUUGUUUCCCGGUCACCUUCGGCACGGAGGGCGAGUCGGCCAGUCUGCUGUGCACCCUGGUGGUGGUCCCCGACCUCCCCAACCUGCCCCCCUUCGUCGAGUGGUACCGAGACGAAAAACUUUUGCAACCUGGCCCCCUGGUGGACAUGUCGGUGACCGGCAGCGUGGCCCGCCUGGUUCUGCCCCAACUGGCUAAGGACGACGAGGGCCUGUACACCAUCCGCGUCUACACCAAAGACGGCACCUCCGAGCACUGCGCCUACCUCUUUGUGUCAGACGCCGCCGUGCCGGUAGCCGGCGCCCCCGGAGCCCCCAUGAGCGUCAAGGCUUACGACAUCAACUCGGACUACGUCCUGGUCGCCUGGAAAGCGCCCAACACCGUCAACGAGGCGGCCAUCGUCGGCUACUUUGUUGACAGGUGCGAGGUGGGCAGCGACUCUUGGGUGCAGUGCAACGACGCCCCGGUGAAGGUGUGCAAGUACCCGGUCCACGGGCUGAAGGAGGGCCACUCGUACCGCUUCCGGGUGCGAGCCGUGAACAGCGCCGGCAUCAGCAGGGCCUCCCGAGCCUCCGACAGAGUCACGGCCCUGGACGCCGCCGAGAGCGCCAAGCUGGAAGGUAGCGCUGAAGGCCUGGCGUCCGCUCCUGGCCAACCGGUCGCCACCCGGAACACCAAGUCGUCCGUUUUCGUCCAAUGGGACGCGCCCAAGCACGGACAGCAAGGCCUGAUGGGAUACUACAUCGACGCUCGUGCGGUGGGCAGCAAGGACUGGUUUGCCUGCAACCACAAACCCUUCAAACUCAACAGGUUUGUGGUGCACGGCCUAACGCCAGGGGAGACCUACGUCUUCCGGGUGCAAGCCGUCAACGUCUUCGGCCUGAGCGAAGAGUCCCAGGAAUCGGGACCCAUCGCAGUGGAGCCGGCGCUGGCCACCCCCAGCGCCCCUUACGGUAUCAGCCUGCUGAACUGCGACGGCUCCUCCAUGACGGUGUCCUGGAGCAGCCCCAAGAGCUGCGGCGGCUCCAAGAUCAGCGCCUACUACGUGGACCGACGGGAUGUCCAAACUCUGGUCUGGAAGGAGGUCAACGUGGGUCCCAUAGUGGAGCGAAUGUGCACGGUGGAUAAUCUGACGGAGGGAACCUUCUACGAGUUCAAAGUUCAAGCGGCAAACGUGGCAGGCGUGGGCGUGCCCUCGGCGCCCAGUCUCCCGAUGAAGUGUGAGGCUUGGACCAUGGAGCAGCCAGGUCCAGCUUAUGACCUGACCUUCAGCGAGGUCCGUAGUCAUUCCCUGGUCCUGGUUUGGAAAGCUCCGGUCUACACAGGGGCAAGCGCCGUCUCCGGGUACUUUGUGGACAUGGCCAAGAAGGGCUCGUGCGAUUUUGUCGCCCUGAAUGAGAACGCCAUCAGCCAGCGCUACAUGCAGGUAAGCGGUCUGGAGGAGGGCGAGUGGUACGUGUUCCGGGUUCGCACCGUCAACGCUCACGGCAUCGGGAGAGCUUCCUUGGUGACCGAGGCCGUCUGCGCCAGACCUCCCCCAGGCACCAAGGAGAUCGUGGCCGGCGUGGAUGAGGAAACAGGCGACAUCUUCCUGUCUCUGGAGGCCAGCGACAUCAGCCAGACCUCCGCCUUCGUGUGGUCCAAGAACUACAAGCCCAUCGGAGAAUGCCCUCGGGUCAACGUCACCACCAAAGGACGCACUUCCCGACUGAGUUUCCUGAACCCCGACAAAGACGACCUGGGACGUUACUCCGUGCUGGUCACCGACACCGACGGUGUUUCCGCCAGCCACACUCUCACCGAGGAUGCACUCAACUCCAUGCUGGAGCUGAGCCAUGCCAUCAGGAAUCCCGUCGUCCCGCUCAAGCACGGCCUGAACUACGAGGUCCUGGAAAAAGGCCUCGUGCGCUUCUGGGUCCAGGCCGUCCAGCUCACGCCCGCCGUGACCUACAGGUUCGUCGUCAACGACAAGGAGGUGACCAGCAGCAAGGAGGGCCAUAAGAUAAGCCACGACGCGUCCACGGGCGUCAUCCAGAUGAUCGUAGAAAAUUUCACCCGAGAGAGCGAGGGCACCUACACGGUCCAGAUCCACGACGGCAAGGCCAAGACGCAGAGUUCCCUGGUCCUGGUCGGAGAUGUCUUCCUGGCUGCUCUGAAGGAAGCCGAGUUCCAGAGGCGAGAGUACGUCAGGAAGCAAGGUGCGCAUUUCUCCGAGUCUCUGGGUUUCGCCGUGACGGACGACUGCACAAUGAUGCUGGCCUGCAAGGUGGCCAACGUGAAUAAGGACACCACCUUCCACUGGUACAAAGAAGACGUGGAGAUGGUUCCGGAAACCCCCCCCAACGUCAUGUCGGGAGCCUGCGCUAUCCCCAUCCCGCUGUUUUCCAGGAAGGAUCAAGGUGUCUACAAGGCUGUGAUUGGAGACCAGCGUGGAAAGGACACGUCCACCUUUGACAUUUCCGGACAAGUCUUUGAUGACAUCAUCAACGCCCUCGCCAGGAUCGCCGGCGAAUCGGCCUCCGAGCUGGUGCUUCAGUGUACUCCCGAGGGUAUCCGUCUGCAAUGCUACAUGAACUACUACACGGAAGAGAUGAAGACCGUGUGGAAACACAAGGAGAGCAAGAUCGCCUCCUCGGAGAAGAUGAGAAUCGGCGGCACGGCCGAGAUGGCCUGGAUGCAGAUCUGCGACCCGUCCGACAAGGAGAAGGGGCUGUACACCAUCGAGAUCUCCGACGGUGUCAAGACCCACGCCAGGACCUUUGACCUUUCCGGACAAGCGUACACCGACGCCUACGAGGAAUACCUGAGACUAAAGGCUGCUGCCUUUGCAGAGAAAAAUCGCGGCCGAGUGCUGGGCGGCCUGCCCGACGUGGUCACCAUCAUGGAGGAUAAGUCCCUGAGCCUGACUUGCACCGUGUGGGGCGAGCCCACCCCUGAGGUGACCUGGUUCAAGAAUGAGCAGGAGGUGCUCUCCAACGAGCACACCAAGAUCACUUUCGACGGCGGAAAGUUCUCCAGUAUAGUCAUCAACCAGGUGACGCCCGAAGACUCGGGCAAGUAUAGCAUCAACGUGCGCAACAAGUACGGCGGCGAGUUUGUGGAAAUCACCGUCAGCGUGUACCGCCACGGAGAGCAGAUCCCAGAGUCCAAGCUGGGCCAACCCAAGAUGGCCACGCCCGCCGUCAUCCCGGCCUCAACGACGCCCACCCCCGUCCCGUCUAAGUCCCAGACCCCAGCCAUGUCCAUGAAGAGCCCCACCCCCGCCUCCACCCCCAAAUCCCCGACCCCGGCCCCCAAAUCCUCAACCCCAGCCCCCAAGUCUCCCACUCCAGCCCCCAAAUCCCCAACCCCAGGCCUAAAAUCUCCUACUCCAGCUCCCAAAUCUCCCACCCCAGGCCCAAAGUCUCCCACCCCAGCCCCAAAGUCUCCCACUCCGACCCCCAAAUCUCCAGGCGUUAAGUCUCCAACACCAUUAGCAAAGUCCCCCACCCCUGCCCCUAGUCCUAAAUCCCCGACCCCCAGUGUCAAAUCACCCACUCCAUCAAGAUUCAUGAAGUCUCCGACCCCACCCAGGAAGUAGUUGGUGGCCCUAAAAUCCCUCUCCCCCAGCCUUGAAAACUCCCCAAAUUUCCAGGUCUCCAAUUCCUUGGGAACGUCUCCAACUGGUGACCCCCAGCCCUGAAAUCCCCAAAUCCUGAUUCUGCAAUUCUAUUAUUAAAUGAUCACAAGUUGUCAGCAUUAAAGAGAGAUACAAGUAUACAAUUUUUUUUCUUCUUCUUGUUUCUGAAGUAUCUACCCGCACAUCAAGUUUGAAAUUAAACUACCAAGUCAAGAUAGGCGACCACCAAUUAGCGUUUUGUGCUACGUCAUGACUUAGGCUCCACAGUUUCCUGCUGUUUUUCUAUUUUUUUUCUUCUUUUUUUUGGGGAUGUGUUAUUGAGGACAAUAAACAAUGGCACUGAGGUAUGGA